AUGGACAUUCGCGGCGCACGACCACCUGGUCCUCCCACCAUAUCAAUCUACGACGAUGAUCGCUAUGGCUCGAGCCAGAGACCAUUUGGGUCACACGGUCCCUUCAACCCCAAUUUCGACCGAACCUUUUCUCCCGGAGCAGUGGGGAUACCAAAUGCGCAUUCACACGAGAACCCUCCGCCUGCCCUUCCCCCACCACGCUUCGUACCCGUCGACGGGCCACAAGCACACCACAACGACUUUUUUGAGCGACAACGCAAGGAGUCAUACAACGAGAGCUUUUUUGGUGGCAGAAGUGAGAGCGUGUAUGGGAGCUGGAAGUCAAGGGCCGCGCAAGACGAGUUUGCCGAUUACCGCAGGAGAGAAAGCAACACGACCUUGACAGGCAAGGACGAAGGCUACUCGAGCUUGUCAAGUUAUGCCUCCUCGGCGUCCCGCGACAAAGGCCCCAGUUUCCGGGUACACGAUCAGUACCAAUUUCCCUCUAGCGCUUCGUACGACAGCCAGCAACUCAAAAAGCUGGACGCGAAGAAGGGCUUAGACAACAGUCUGCCAUCCCGUGGCUCUGCGUUGAGCGCAUCCAUGCGCUCGUUGCAGGAUGGUCCGUCUCCUACAUGGCCUUCGACCGAUCGCCCCCACAUCCAACUCCCCCAACUCUCCCUUCCUACACGUACCAAGCCUGCCCCGAUUCUCGAGUCCACAGGCUAUGCGGACACUCCUCUGAAUUCGGCAGUGUCUCCUCGAAGUACGCCUUUUGCACAGUUAGCUCGGUCGCAGGACUACCGUUCACCCAUCGAGCCGACAUCAGCGAUAGAUUUCGACCGAAGUCCCUUUCCGAGGAAUCGGAGACAAAAUUCGGGCGCAUUCCCGGGCGAUCUCACGCCGGCGGAUACAUAUGACCACGAGAUGGAGUUUCCUAUGGACGAGACCAACCGGCUGCGCCACAUUCACCUUGACGAAGGCCAGCAUUCUCGGGUGAACAGCUUUGAUACUCAAUGCUCAAGUCUGAAGCGGCGAGCUUCCAGCCCUCCUGUUGAAGAACCCGCCCUACGAAAUGCAUCCAGCCACAGCGAUCUCCUCCGCCGCCGCGAAGGUAUCUCCAGGGGCAGUCCAGCGCCCCGGCUGUCGGUCAACCCACCUCACGGCAGUAUAUCUUCCGUGUCGUCAGGCGACCGAAGCGGUAGCUUGGGAGGACUAAGCACAGCCACCAGCAUGACCUCUUCGCUAUCGUUUGGCCGAAGGUCGCCUAUAGGGUUAUCGCCAGGCGGUUUGUCGCCGACGGACGUGGCGAGCUCACCCUUCGCCACACCCAACUCCUUGACGCUGAGCCCAAGAACCACGAUUGUGCCUCGCACUGGUCUGCAUCAAAGAGGCCCAAGCGAUCAGAGAAACAUGGUAAGCCCUAGGAAGCUGACUGAGCCGACUUUGCGGACAAACAAUGGCGUUGGGAAAAUCCAAGGCUUCUACAUGUGCGACUGUUGUCCCAAGAAACCAAAGAAAUUUGACACUCGUGAGGAGUUGGGUGCUCAUGAGGCAGAGAAACAGUAUGAGUGUGCGUAUUGUGGAAACCGUUUCAAGAACAAGAAUGAGGCGGAGCGGCACCAAAAUUCACUGCACGUGCGGCGACAUUCUUGGUCUUGCUCGGCACUUGCAACCUACGACAGGGCAUUCCACGAAUCGACCACACGGCCUGGUGAAGCCGACACGUGCGGAUACUGCGGUGAGGAGUUUGCUCGAUCAGGGUUGACCCCGCCGGGGCAUGUACGGCACGUCACUGAACAAGAUUGGGACGAGCGGGUGCGUCACUUGCAAGAUCAUCACAAGUUCCGGGAGUGCAACAGCUCCAAGAAGUUCUACAGGGCCGAUCACUUCCGGCAACAUCUCAAGCACAGCCACGCGGGAACAAGUGGCAAGUGGACCAACAUGCUGGAAAACGCAUGCAUGAUGGAAGAGGAGCCACCGCAACCACCCGGGAGCAGCAGGGUGCACAUGUGGAAAUGGAAAGGUCGCGGCAAGAGCCGCAACACCAGAAGUGGUCGACUGGCCCGAGAAGUCGAGGCGAGAGGCACGGGCCAGGGCGAUGCUUGGGGCGCUCGAAACUGCGGGCAACAUUCACACGCCAUCUGCGAGAGGCUGGCUUGA